ACAGGACAGACACUUGGUGCAACUUACUAAUCCCUAAAAACUACUGCAAGUUCAGGUUUCUCCUUUCCUGGAUAGAUUUGCAUCUUCCAGGCCAGUCCGCAGCAUUACCGCACCAGAACAAACUCUUCAAUCGCACCCACUCUUUGUCGCACUAUACAAAGCGGCGCAUUCUUAUGCCCAGGAGCUUGGGAACAUAGAGACACUAUCCCAGAAACUUGGAAAUCUUAGUCUCAUCUGUGGAGUCAGCAUGUUCACUGAAAACGAUGUGAAGAGCAUUUUUUCCCUCUUUCCCCCGCAGACUAGCGCAGAAUUUAUACCACAAUUUGCCCUAGCCUCCAGUGGUAAUGGUUUCGUUACACUCCAGUUUGCUCAGGCACAGUUUCGAAGUCGUGUAACAAGAGAGACGGAACGAAUUUCAAUAUCUGAAUUGGCUAGCGAUCUUGACAUAAGCACGAUACUUGUACACCAACUUGCGCGGAGCCAUCCAAAACUAUGUCUGCUAAGUGCAGACCAAGAAAAUAUUAUUCCCAUCGACGAGAGAGAUGCGCUAGAGCAAAAACUUGCCGACUUGCUCUCCUCCGGAGUGCACUCCAAGACUGAUUUUGCUUCUCAACAUGACAUAUGGCCCCAGAGUCUUGACGCCUUACUUGCAGAUCAAACUCACGAUAUUGUAGACAUAAAUGGUUUUGUAUGUACAGGAGCUUACGAGAGCGAGAUUUCCAGCAACAUUACCAGUAGAGUCAAGCAGGCACUCGAUCAACCACAAACCAUAACCAUCUUGCCCGAAGAUCUACAUGGCAGUCCACCAGCAUGGUUCAUAUUCCGGACUUUAGAAAAGGCACUGGAUUCUGAAAGUCUCACAUCCCAAGUUACUAUUGAGCAAGACCCCAACCGGGUAAUUUGCACACCCAAGAAACUUGUAGAAUCAAAACGCAACGCAACAGUCGAGGAAUUGAAGAGCGGUACACUGGAGUACUUGGAUCUAAGACAGUUUGCUGCAGACUACUCAGAACUAAUCCCAACAUUCGAAGACGCGGUAUCUUACUUCCAGAACAUUGAAGAAGUAGAUGUACUGGACUCUUUUGCUGUGUCAAAGCGAUGGAUAGCACGACUUGAGCAAGAUUCCGUACGGAUACUGGUGCAAGAAGGGUCUACAUUAGAUGUUACACAACUAAUUGGCCCGGGUCUGCCUGCAACCAUCAUGGAUCCGAUAGUCGCUAAAGUCAAGGAUUCGGUGGUCGAUGCAUUCUCCCAAAGACCACAAGAAGAAAGAAUUGUCCGCGUCGGCCACUUGAUUCUGACUGGAGCCCGACGAACCUGCGCACUGGACGAACUAUCCAGCUACGCAAAAGCAGACGUAGAGUCGCAAUGGCAACUUCUCCACGCUGACCCCACAAGAACCGACGACAUAAAAUUCAGCCGCGACAGAAUCCGAGCCUCGAUACCCAAACUAUGUCUCGUCCAGCGCUUCCUAGCGGACGAAAAGCCCGUGGAGAAACUCCUCGAAGAAACCUUCCUCCAGACCCUCGCAUCCCUGGAGACACCAAACGAAGCAGACUUUGCAACCUACUGGACCGACCGCAUCCUCGCGCGCUUCCAAGUCUACAAGACAGGUCUCUCGCACGUCGCCGAUCAAAAACUACACGACCAACUCGCAGACUUACUCGCCAGCUACGCGCACAAAGACCUCAUCCCGGACACGAUUGCCAAAGCACGGGCACAGGGACUCGUGCUAAGUCGCAAGACGCGCAAGAACAUAGCGCGAUUAUCGAGCAUUCUGGAUACGGCAAAGACAAUGGACAUCUCCGCCAUCACGUCUGCGCUGGACAAGUUUGCAAAGAAACAAGGCAUUUCCGCGCCAGCGCCGGCGAGUCUGGAAAACGCGAAGCAGAGUAUGGUAGACGACAUGUUAAGGCGGUUGCAGAAGCAAAAGGCGUCGGAUGGACCAGUGCUGUUUUUGAUGCUGGUGAUUGUGCUGUUUGCGCGACACUACAAUGGCGUUGUUUAUGCUACGGGGAAGUUUGCGCCGAAGCUAUUGAAGCUGUUGAAGGGGAAGAUGGGCGAGGAGCAGUAUGAGCAGGUGGAGAAGUGGAAGGAGGCCGCUAAGGCGAGCAGUUUGAGUGCUGAGGAUCAGGCGGAGAUGGUGAAGAUGGCGAAGACAAAGGAUGUCAUUGUUGAAGGAUGAUUUUUUUCCCCUCAAAACUUAGGCAAUGAGUCACUGAGGGUGGAGAACAGGAACAAAAAGUAAAUGGAUAGUAAUAUUACGAUUCAUUCAAGCUAUUUAUACAGCUGGUUUUAAGGCAAUAUAGGGGGUAUUCGUGAAAGUCAUGUCAUGAAACCAUGUCCAGAGGUGACCCGUCGCUCAGUGGGACCUCUUGUCUACAAUAUUACAUGUACACAGGAGACGAGACUGCAUCUAAUCCAUUAUUCCCGCCUUGCCGUCAAA